AUGGCCGAGGUCCUUGGGCUCUCCGCAAGCAUCAUUGCCAUCGUCGACCUCUCGGCAAAGCUCGCCAGUCACUGCAAAUUUUACGUCGAAAACGUGAAAGAUGCGCGUGCAGACUUUCGCAAGCUUCUCAUCGAGAUCACGUCUGUCGUAAACGCUGUAGACAUUUUGAAAUUUCUCAUCGAACAUGACCCCGAUUUCGAAUCUGACCAGCUGUUGAGUCUGUCGGGACAGUCAGGCUCCAUCGCCGGAUGUCUCGAUGCUCUGACACAACUCGAGGCUAUGCUGCCUCCGUCGGAAGAUAUCGAUUCCGGCAAUUCGUGUCCCUCAACGAAAUCGAGAAUGAAGAAUAUCGCGACCCGUCUCGCAUGGCCCUUGAAGAAGACUCGCGCCAUGGGCCUUCUGGAUGAUAUUAUGAAGCAUAAGGCUACGAUGCAACUCGCUAUGAUAGGAGAUAUCUCUAAGGAUGUCAAGGAGAUCGAAACAACAGUGGGAAAUAUUCAGAAGAAAUUAACCAAUGAUGAGCGAUACCGCUUAUUGGAUUGGCUCACGAUUGUCAACCCGUCUAGCUUACACUAUGAAGCAACUGCUUUGUACGAGGAGGGCACAGGUGACUGGGUUUCCCGAGAUCUUGCGUGGCAAAAGUGGGUAGAUCCGGAGGCAGUAAAGCCAAAAUGUCUGUGGCUCAAGGGAAUACCUGGUGCCGGCAAGACCGUUUUGGCCUCUCACCUGUUCCACAGUCUGGAACUGAUGCACCAAGAUUGGCCAGCACUGCGAUACGGCAUAGCUACCACUUCGAACAGAAAGCGACAGCACGGUAACUCUCUUUCAAUCGCCCAUAUAUACUACUACUGUCAUCAUACUCGCAAUCACGAUGAAUCGUUACCGUUCUUGCGUUGGAUUGUCAACGAGAUGUGCCGGCAAUCUGAAGUGGUUCCGCAACAGCUUAUCGACAUCCAUCGCUCCGGCCGCCAGCCCAGUAUUCAACAAUUGCUAAACAGUUUGGUUUUCAUGAUCAACAUGUGGGACUCCGUUUACAUCAUGAUCGACGCUUUAGAUGAAAGCAAACCACGGACCGAACUUCUGAAACUGUUGCACAAGCUUGGCACGGAACAUAGAUUUCAAAAUCUAAAGAUCCUUGCAACCAGUCGAAUCUACCCGGAUAUUAAGGAUAACAUGGAACCUAUCGCGACAUCAAUCGACAUGUCUAAUCCUUUUGUGGAAGAUGACAUUAGGAAAUUUACAUUCAACGACUUGGAAAGACGCCGCACGACGGAUUUCAAGUACCUCAAUCAGGCUUUCAUGAAUGAAGCAGCCGGCAUAAUAUCCGUCAAAGCGGAAGGCAUGUUCCGUUGGGCGGUCUGCCAGAUAGACACCCUUCGGCGAAUUCAGUCCAAAGGAGAAUCCUUUCUUCGCCAAGCUCUGCUCACAAUGCCUAAGGGCUUGGACGCAGCCUACGAUAGAAUAUUUCAACUGAUUACGGAGGAGAUUGAUGAAGACGAUCUUAUUGUCAGGGAUGCGCUCUCCUGGAUUCGCCAUCACAAGACUUUGCUAAGUGAUUCUGAUGAUAUUCCUGUCAGGGUGCUCAUCCAAGCAAUACACCCGGAGACACGAGAUCCUCAAACCAGCGAUGUUCAAUUUCUUCUGGAGGAACAAAAUCUCCGCAACGCCCUCGGUUGCCUGGUCGCCGUGUCGCAGAACGACCGCCGCGCCACGAAAUAUCUCUUGGAAGCAGGUGCGGAUGUCAACGCUUCAGGAGUGCAAGACGGGCAUCUCUAUGGUCCAAGAGAACAUCUAAGCCGGUUCAACUCGCUUCAGGGGAUAAGUCCGCUGUACAUUCACGAAAGGCUGAGGAACCGGUGUGGUAAUCCGUGGGAUGCCCCGCCGAAUAAAUUUGUGCGGUCCAAAGACAUUGGCCGGUACCUGAGAGAACGUGGAGCCCGCGCAGAGAGGACAAGCCAACCGGGAAGCGUCCAAGGUUGUGGAAUUUACCAUUGGGACAACCGGUCGGAUGACGAGGUAUCUGUAGACGAGGUUGAUUUCAGCAGCGACACUGAUCUGGACUCGGAUUCUGAAGAAAUGCUAGGUCAAGGUAUCCUGCUCGCAGAUCCUGAGUAA